AGUUUUUCUUACUGAAGUGAUGUUUUAUGUUUUAUCGGCCUGCAGCUGGUUCAGUGGUUGCUAUGCUAGUUGUCAGGUGCUUCAUCAGACGUGAUCAUCAUUCGAACAUAAACAAACUCGGUAUCAGCAGAAAAGACACGCUGUGUGAUUUUCAACAUUUCACUCGACGAUUUCUUAAAAAAGACGACCUCCAUAUACGACUUUUUUUACUCUGACAUCGACUGACGACUGACUAACGUGGAUCAGAGCUGUUUGAGCAUGAAAGAUAUUGGUCAGCGCUUCACUUGGACAUCUGUCCUCGUGCCAAACCCCAACCGGCCCACCAGCCCGAGACUGAUCCUGCGGAGGGUACCAGCACCAUCCCUCUCCUGCAGCUCCUCCCCAGGCUCCACACGCAAGUCUCCCCCUUACACACCUCCUGGCUCCCCUUCAAACUCCACCUCUUCCUCUUCUUUUAUUUCUCUCUUAAGCCUCUCUCCAAGCUCCCCUCCUUCCUCCUCCUCCUCCUCCUCCUCUUCCUCCUCCUCUCCUUCUAGGUUUUCCCCUGACUCAUCCAGCAGGUGGUCACCAAGUUGCUCUCCUUCCUCCUCCUCCUCCUCCUUCUCCUCCUCCAGGUUUUCCCCUGGCUCAUCCAGUAGCUGGCAUCCAAGUAGUUCUCCUUCCUCUUCCUCCUCCUUCUCCUCUUCCAGGUUUUCCCCUGACUCAUCCAGUAACUGGUCUCCAAGCUCCUCUCCUGUCUGCUCCUCUACCUCUUACUCAUCCCAUCACUCCUUCCCAAGGUGCUCUCCUGCCUCUCCCUCUCUCUCCUCCUCUUCUAGCUCAUCCUGCAGCUCGUCCUCCUCUACGAGUCCUCAGACACCCACCAGGCCUCGUCUGAUGACAGCUGGUCCCGAGCUGACGUGCGUGAGGGAGCUGCUCAGGGAAACAAACAGGCAGCGAGGCGGCAGGAGAGUACAGUCUUCAGAUGACUCCAGGACCCAAGAUGAAAAGAAGAUCUCAGAGGACCCCACCAGGAGAAAAGAGAUGAGGGACACACCGGGAGGUCGACCAUUGAUGAGACCAGAAAUGAAUGAACCCAGGAGGAGACGCAAGCUCUAUAUAGUGGAAGAGCAUGAUACACUGGGCUGAUUUUGGGUGACUCGAAGACCCCAAAAAAGAGCCCAGAGAAGCUCCAGCAUGAGAAGCAAGAUUAGGAACAGCCCCUGGAUGCAUACUGUAGGGAACAGGUCCACAGAGACGAGGGUGGCAAAGUCAUUAUAUAGUGGAAGAGCAAGGCCUAGAAGAGCCCCAAGAUGAAGAACAUGAUGAGCAACAGUGCCAGAAUGAUGAAGGACAGGAAGUAACAACCCCAAGAAGAGAUGAUGUAAGUGACUUCUACAUAGUGAGCAUUGUGAGGUGCACCUGGUCCAGCAUAACUGUAAAGAGAACAGAAACACUGUCUCUUUCUCCUCCCAGCCUGAGCAGCAGGAGACUGAUCUGGUCCAACAGCCUGUGUUUCUACAUUGAUUUUCCGAGUGCCAGCAGCUGGCAGAGGACCUCUGGAACCGGACUAAACACACUCCAUUUAAAGAUGCCAGGGAAAAGUUGAUAUAAAACAAUCAGCACAGUGUCACUGAGAAAAAAGAUUUCAGCAAUGAUAUUUAGUGUGAUCAAAGGGUGCAAAGAGUAUCUCAAAUAAAAAGU